GAGAGUGGGGUCUUGAGGGGCCAGAGCAACUGCUGAGCCAGAGCAGCAGCACCUCUGGGUGGGUGUGGCUGAGUCCGGGAUAUUUGUGGGUUGUUAACCAGGAGGAGCUGGAUUUCCCUCCAGAAGAAGCUCCUUAAAUUCUUUCUUUCUUUGUAACAGGCAAGUUAAACUUGAUCCACAGAGCUCAAAAUGCUUUAGUAAAACUGUAGCAAACCAUUUGCCUGUAGGUUGGUCUUCAGCAUCUGCUGCAGAAGUGUUGGGAGCAUCUGUCGACCCCACAAAGUGCCCAGGGAGUGGACAUGGGAGGGGGGGUCUGGCCAGUGGCACUUCUGCUUCCAAAUUUGGGUUGAAUCCCCCUAAAUGAGAGGACUCCUGAGGAGCUGGUGGGUGCCAUCUCCUCCUGAAGUCCCCACACAUGAUUCCCAAAGAGCAUUUGCUGUGUCUUCCCUUGGAUCCAGCCAGAGCUGUCCAUGGCAGUGCUGGGCUCGGACUCUCUCCUGGUUCCAGGAGGAUCCUUCAGGGUCCAAAGUGAUACAUAAUGUUAUAUUUAGAUAGAUAGAUAGAUAGAUAGAUAGAUAGAUAGAUAGAUAGAUAGAUAGAUAGAUAGAUAGAUAGAUAGAUAGAUAGAUAGAUAGAUAGAUAGAUAGAUAGAUAGAUAAAAACCCAGGCAAGCUGCAGUGGUGAGAUCACCCAUCAGGCUGGAGCAGCACUAAGGAUGCUUCCCCUCUCUGGGAGGUGUCCGUGUCCACAUCCUUGGGCUUUGAGGGGAUUUAUUUGGGAUUUCUGUGCUGGAUGCUGUGGAAAGGUGAUUCACAGUCAUCUCCUUGUGCUGUUCUGUCCAGAGGAGCCAAGGCUGGCUGUGUGGGACCCUUUGCCAUGUAACCCCCCCUGCUCUCCGAUGUCUCAGCAGCCCCCGAUGUCGGUGCGGCCCCAGACCUGCGGAACGGCUCCCAGGCGGAUGGUAGUGAGCCCCUAGAGAUGCUCACAAUGACAUGUUGGCUCCCAGUCCUGGCCCUGCACGUGGUCCUGCUGAGCCCCCCGUGGGUGGGAUCCUGCCCCGCCCGCUGUGAGUGCGCCCCACACCUCAAAUCCGUGGUGUGCCACCGCAAGCGCCUCACCUCCAUCCCCGAGGGCAUCCCCACUGAGACCAGGAUCCUGGAGCUCAACAAGAACCGCAUCCGCUGCCUCAACCCCGGGGACCUGUCCCCGUACCCGCUGCUGGAGGAGCUGGAUUUCAGUGAGAACAUCAUCUCCAAUGUGGAGCCCGGAGCCUUCAGCAACCUGUUCAACCUGCAGACCCUGCGGCUGCGGGGGAACCAGCUCAAGCUCAUUCCCCCCGGGGUCUUCACCAAGCUGACCAACCUCACCCUCCUGGACAUCAGCGAGAACAAGCUUGUCAUCCUGCUGGACUACAUGUUCCAGGACCUGCGGAACCUGAAGAGCCUGGAGGUGGGCGACAACGACCUGGUGUACAUCUCCCAGCGUGCCUUCUCGGGGCUGCUGGGCCUGGAGCAGCUGACCAUCGAGAAGUGCAACCUGACCUCCAUCUCGGCCGAGUCGCUCUCCUACCUCCAGAACCUGGAGGUGCUGCGGCUCCGCCACCUCAGCAUCUCUGCGCUGGAGGACCAGAACUUCAAGAAGCUCUACAACCUCCUGCAGCUGGAGAUCGACAACUGGCCGCUGCUGGAAGAGGUCUCCCCCACCAGCUUCCAGGGACUGAACCUCACCUCGCUCUCCAUCACCUACACCAACAUCACGGCCGUGCCCGCCGCCGCCUUGAGGAACCUGGUGUACCUGCGGUACCUCAACCUGUCCUACAACCCCAUUAGCACUGUGCUGAAGGGCUCCUUUAAGGACCUCAUCCGGCUCCAGGAGCUCCACAUCGUGGGUGCCCUCCUGGUGUCCGUGGAGCCGCAGGCUUUCUCCGGCCUGAGACAGAUCCGGCUGCUCAACCUCUCCAGCAACUUCCUGUCCACGCUGGAGGAGAGCACCUUCCACUCGGUCAACACACUGGAGACGCUGCGGGUGGACAGGAACCCCCUGGCCUGCGACUGCCGCCUCCUCUGGGUCCUGCAGCGGCGCAAGACACUCAACUUCGACGGGCAGCAGCCCAUGUGCUCCUCCCCGCCCGAGAUCCAGGGCAACGCCCUGCGGGACUUCCCGGACUCAGUGCUCUUCGAGUACUUCACCUGCCAGAAGCCCAAGAUCCGGGAUCGGAAGCUGCAGCACGUGACGGCGCGGGAGGGCCAGUCCGUGUCCUUCCUGUGCCGGGCGGACGGGGAGCCCGACCCCUCCAUCGCCUGGGUGUCCCCCCAGCACCGCAUGAUCACCACCCGCAGCACGGGCAGGGCCACGGUGCUGCCCGGGGGCACCCUGGAGAUCCGCUUCGCCCAGGUGCAGGACAGCGGCACCUACAUCUGCAUCGCCAGCAACGCCGGCGGCAACGACACCUACUUCGCCACGCUGACGGUGAAGGGGCGCCCGGCCGACGGCGCCCACCGCGCCAACCGCACCCUGUACCUCAGCGACUUCAACGACACCUUCCACAACGACACCCAGGUCUUCUUGAAGUUUACCUUGGACCUCAAGACCAUCCUGGUCUCCACGGCCAUGGGCUGCAUCACCUUCCUGGGCGUGGUGCUCUUCUGCUUCCUCUUGCUCUUCGUGUGGAGCCGCGGCCGGGGGCAGCACAAGAACAACUUCUCCGUGGAGUAUUCCUUCCGCAAGGUGGACGGGCCCACCACCACCACGGGCCAGGGAGGGGCCAGGAAGUUCAACAUGAAGAUGAUCUGAGGCUCUCCCGGAGGAGAAGCGUUGUCUGCUGCCUGGCCCCGGGCGCGGCCGCGGCGGGACGGGGCCGGGAGGGGUGUGGGAGCACCACUGACAUCCCGGGGCUGGCGGUGGGACAGGGCUGGAGACACACCAGAGGUGCCACAGGCCAGCAGGGGCGGAACUGGGUGGACCUCAGGGUCGGGGAGGGAUGACCCCAGUGUCCCAGCCCUGCGGGGCCCUCGGUGAGCCCUCAGCUCAGGGGCCAUCCCAGCUCCAGGGGCUCCCAAUGUAGCUGGAAUUUUUGCUACCAACUAUGCAUUUCUCGAGCCAAAAGAUCAGCAGCGUUUGGGCCCGGGAAAAAAAAAAACACUUCCUGUUUUUUUUCCCCCUCUCCCUUUUUUUUUAAGAGACUCUUCAGAAAACUUU